AUGGUGGCGGAGAUAUCGGAGAAAAGGGCAGCAGUGCCUUUGGAUUGGAUGAUAAGUAGACUAAUGGAAAGGGGUCCGGCUCUGGAUGGAGGAGGGACUUCUAAGGUGGUUGGUAAGGAAAUGUUGGCAGUAGAGCUUAAGGAUGGGGUUGUGGUAAGACUCUGUGAUUUUCAUCAGCUUCAUCAGCCAAUACAAGAUGUUUUAGCCGGUUUAGCUCUAGCAAAACGACUGAUGCGAGAUCUGGCCUAUCCUUUUUCCUCAGCUCACAGCACUUCAAUGCCAGUUUUGCGAGCAAUAAAGCCUCUUCUACAAGCCAAUCUGUUUGUGUUGGGUCAAGAAUAUCUGAGAAGGUUCCUUUCUCUACGGCUUGCUCAACUUGCUCUCUUCAUCGCUUUGUCGGUUUCAGGAGGCGAAGCAGCUCGUCAUCUCUUGCAAUUUCCACCUCUACCUUCUAUACCAAAUCUGCCUAAACCAACAUCGCCACCAUUGCCUUCUUUACCAACACUGCCACAGCCGACCUUGCCAACCACUCAACCUUCAUUCCCUAAUCCCACUCUACCUCCACUUCCUAGCCUGCCAACCAUGCCUACUCUCCCCAAGGUCACAUUGCCUCCAUUGCCAAGCAUGCCUUCAAUCCCUACUAUCCCCACUACAAUUCCAUCUAUCCCCUUCCUCUCCCCACCUCCUGGAAACUAG